AUGUACAAUUUAAAUUAGGAAGAUCCUUGUCUUUAAAGAGAGCUUAUGGAGUAUCUCUAUAACUAAAAUGUCCGCUAAUAAAAGCUUGCAUAGUUAAAUUUUUAGCAUUUAUAUCAAAGUUUCUCAAAAAAAGUUUCUGAAUACAAUGAAGAUGAGAUUUACAAUGAUUAGAAAUCUUUAGCAACUAUCAUGAUGAUUGAAAAUAAUUUGCCAAUCAUCAAAAAGGAUUUAGAAUAAAUGGGUUAUUAAAGUAUAAGUUUAAUAUCUGCUGGAAUCUAAAGUUUUGUAGUUAGGGCUUUGAAUACCAGAAAUUAAUAAAGAUGUGCAAUUAAGUGUAUUAGGACAAAAUACAAACAGUUGAGUAGUUAAGAGAUUGAAAAUCAAAUUUAGCAAGAAGUUGAAUGCUUUAAAUAAUGCAGAAAUUCUUCCAAUGUUGUUAAACUAAUUCACAGCUAGCAGUGUGAAGAAUUCACUUACUUGGUCUUUUAAGAAUGUUAAAAAAGCUUACAGCAUUUACUUGCAGAUAAUUAAAACAAGUUCAGUGAAAUAGCAGUCGUUAAGUAUUCGAUGAAUGUUGCAUAGGGAUUAUAUGAUGCUUAAGUUAAAAAUUGUUCUGUUUUAGAUUUAAAGCCAGAAAAUAUUCUUAUUGAUCAAUUUGGAAAUGCUUUAAUUAGCAAAUUCGUAUUAGACGUUUAGAGCAGUCUUGAAUCCAAAGUUAUCGUUGGGAAUUCUCCAUAUAAAGCUCCAGAAUCAGCAGAGUUGAUUUAGAUGCCCAGAGACAUGAAUGCAUCAAAGAGAGAGUCAUUUUCAUUAGGAAUGCUAAUCUACAGGAUGCUAAUUACUGGAGAAAAUUAGUUUGAAGAAAAAUUACAAAAAGUUUUUUCAGAAAAAAAAGUUAUUUUAGAAAAUGAACUUAAUGAGUUUAGAUUUAGAUCUUUAUUAGAAAGGUUAGUUUUGGAUUUGACAAAGUUUGAACCAGAGGACAGAAUAUCAAUCAAGGAUGCUUUAUGUAUUUUAAAAGGUAUUUUUUCAUAAUAUUUAGAAAUAGGUUUAGAAAGCACUCAGGUUUUUUCCGGAGACAUCACAGAAGUUUAAGAUCGUUUGAAAGAAUCAUUAGAGUUUACCUAAAUUAGUGAAAGUCAAUAUUCACCUAUCUUAUUAAAACCUUUAUAAGAUGUAUUGAAUGAGAAUAGUGAUUGGUUGAAUGCAUCUUAUGUCUUAAAAAACAGCAAAUUAUUUUAAUAAACAGUUUAGCAAAGAUAUGAUGAAUAUUUAAAUGAUAUAAACGAUCUUAAAUAACAAAUAGAGGUUUUAAAUGAACAAAUUCAUAAUCAGUAGAAUGAAAUAAAUCACAUGAAGUUUUUGUCAGAUGUUCGAAACAAAAAAUUAAAUUUCUGUACAUUCAUUUAAGUUGAAGAAGAAAUAAAAAAUUUUGAGGAAGAUUAAAUAAGAUAGUAUGCAUUAGAAAAAGCAAACACUUUCCUAGAAAUAUUAAAAACAAACUUCAAGUGGACAAGUUUCGUAAAAAAUUUGGAUUACUCUAAUGAUCAAUCAAUCAAUCAAUGA